GGCGUCUCGUUCUCGACCCUGUUCUCCAAGAUCUCGGGCCUCUUCUCGCGCCAGACCGAGGUCCGGAUACUCAUGCUCGGCCUCGACUCGGCCGGCAAGACGACGAUCCUGUACCGGCUGCAGAUUGGCGAGGUCGUGACGACCAUCCCGACCAUCGGGUUCAACGUCGAGACGGUCCAGUACAAGAACAUCAAGUUCCAGGUGUGGGACCUCGGCGGCCAGACGUCGAUCCGACCCUACUGGCGGUGCUACUACGCCGACACGAAAGCCGUCGUCUACGUCGUCGACUCGGCAGACCGCGACCGCCUCGCCAUCAACAAGGCCGAGCUCCUCGCCAUGCUCAACGAGGAGGAGCUCCACGACGCAAAGCUCCUCGUCUUUGCCAACAAGCAGGACCAACCCGACGCCAUGUCGGCAGCAGAAGUGAGCGAGGGUCUCGGGCUCGACACGCUCAAGAACCGGCAGUGGAGCAUCUUCAAGAGUUGCGCGAUCAAGGGCGAGGGCUUGGAAGAAGGGCUCGACUGGCUCGCAACGGCGUUGCAGAACAAGUAGACGGGCGUGGACCUCGAGAGCCGGCUCUCCCUCUUCGCCCCGUCCACCUCUCUCUCUUCCUCUCGCCUCUCGCCUGCAUCCCCGCACACCUCGUCCGCUCGCGCCACUCGCGAUACGUCGCACCCCUUCGCUGUAUCCCUGCAUCCUCCCUCUCUCCUGCCCCCCUUGUCGUGCUCGCCAAGGACCGUCGAGCGCGAGCGACCGUUCCUCCUCGAGUUCACCCACACACACCCCGUCUUUCGUACAUUCUCUUGAUACCCGCGCUCGCCUUUCGACU